UAGAAGUCUGGCAGCCAUUUUGGGAGAGACUUGGCAGAACAAAGGGGGAGUUGUGUCGUCAGCUGCGGAAAGAAUUUCGUUUUUUUCCCCAGACAACGUGUAGUACUUUAUUUUCCGUUCUGGUCACCUAAUUAACGCUACUAAGAUGAGGCAGCGAGAAAGCACGAGUCGUUCACCGGCCAGAGAAAACGGCUGGAAGGAAAAGGCUGGGAGGCGAAAGCGCCACCGGAGAGAGUCACACAGCAGUGAACGAGAAAACAAGUACCGUAAACAUCACCAUCAUCGCAAAAGCUGUGACGGGCAUUACUUGGAGAGUUGGAGUCUGAACGAAAAGCAGGAGACGAAGGUCAGAGCUGUGGAUUCAGGGUACGAUAAGGAGAGCCAUGUGAGCGUCUCAAGGGAGAAGGAGAGGCAUCGUGUCCGCCACAGAGACCGGGACUGGCACCACUACAGCAAAUCAUCCGGAUACAGUGGCCAGAGCAGCCGGCACGGGCGGAGACGCAGCCGUAGCCGCUCUCGUCAUCGUCGCUCUCACUCGAGGAGCCAUCGCAGGAAAAGAUCCAGAAGUGUUGAGGAUGAUGAGGAGGGGCACCUGAUCUAUCACAGUGGAGACAUACUCAGGGCGAGAUAUGAGAUCGUGUGCACGCUAGGAGAGGGUGCUUUUGGGAAAGUAGUUGAAUGCAUCGAUCACAAAAAUCGAAGUGCUCGUGUUGCACUGAAGAUCAUAAAAAACAUUGAACGUUAUCGAGAUGCAGCCAUGUCUGAGGUCGAAGUGCUGGAACUCAUGAACACUCUGGACAGUGAAAGAAAAUACUGUUGUGUGCGUAUGCUUGACUGGUUUGACCACCACGGCCAUGUGUGCAUCGCGUUUGAACUGCUUGGAUUGAGCACUUUUGACUUCCUCAAAGAGAACAACUUCCAGCCAUUUCCAAUUGACCAGAUCAGGCACAUGGCCUACCAGAUCAUCAAAGCAGUCAAGUUCAUGCACAAAAACAAGCUGACUCACACAGACCUGAAACCAGAGAACAUCUUGUUUGUGGAUUCGGAGUAUGAGCUCGAGUACAACGCCAGAAUGAAAAGAGAUGAGAGAACUGUGAAGAACCCUAAUGUGAAAGUGGUUGAUUUUGGGAACGCCACAUUCGAGCACGAGCAUCACACCACAGUUGUGUCCACACGGCAUUACCGUGCACCUGAAGUCAUUCUGGAGCUGGGAUGGGAUUAUUCCUGUGAUGUUUGGAGCGUGGGUUGCAUUCUUAUUGAAUAUUACCUUGGAACUACACUCUUCCAGACCCAUGACAGUAAAGAACAUCUGGCCAUGAUGGAAAGAGUCCUGGGUCCCAUACCAACGCACAUGCUCCAGAAAACAAGGAAACGCCGAUAUGUCCACCGUGACAAACUAGACUGGGACAUGCACACCUCGUCAGGACGAUACGUUCGGAAACACUGCAAGCCUCUCAGAAACUAUAUGAUCUCCAGAAGCCGAUCCCAUGAGGAUCUGUUUGACCUCCUUGAGAAGAUGUUGGAGUACGAUGUGACGAAGCGGAUCACUCUGGACGAUGCCAUUAAACAUCCUUUCUUUGACUGUCUUAAGAAGAGCCAUAAGUGAAUGAAACAAACUAUUUGUUUUUCCCCACUCUCAGUGAGAGGUUGCAUUCAGAGGACUGCAUCAGUCCCAUGUCUACUUUAUGUUUCUGUCUUCAUCAUAAUGUGUAAUUUAUAUGCUCUGUAACUUAUUGUAUUUUACGCAAACAAGGGAGAGCUGAAGAUUAAUGGGUUUUGAGUAAAUCUUGUUUCCUCAUUUGUUAAAUAAGUAAAUGUAGCUUUAUUAAUUUAUCGUGUAGCCAUUGUGUGUCAAAAUCAGUUUUUGUGUAUUUUGUGCGUUAUCAUUUUCAAUAAAAAAAAAGUUCAAGGA